AUGAUUCCGGAACCAUUGGACCCUGCAUUGCUUCGUGAGCAUGCUUUUCAAGAUACAGGAGAUCUUAAGAUAGUUCUCGACCCAGCAACAUUCACUGAAGAGGGUGGUUUCAAGCCCAUCUUAAAGUAUGGCCUGGGCUAUUUCAACUAUGGUCUUGGAUUAAGCAAGGAAGUACACCAAAGAAGCUUCUUUUACAUGGCAAGAUCGCAUAUGAUCACACAUUUCAACAUAUAUGGAUCUGUACUGCUAUUGGUAAUGAUCCUAUGGGCAAUCACACUCUUUUCUGGAAAGGGAGUGUUCCGCUCAAGUUUACCUAGAUGGAAGUCGACGUCUAAGAAAGAGAACGAUGUCUACUAUGUAAAAGUAUAG